CUCGCUUUCCGGCGGAGUGGCGCCUCCCCCGGCUGCCUGCUUUACGGCACGGCGGCGUGCGGCCGCGGGCAUUGGCGGCAGUUCCCCGGUGCCGGGGCCCGGUCGGUGCCAUGGACGUGGGGGAGCUACUCAGCUACCAGCCCAACAGAGGCACCAAGCGGCCCCGCGACGAGGAGGAGGAGGAAAUCAAAGCGCGGCGGAAGCAGGGGCGGGAGCACGGCCGGCACCGGGAGGAGGAGGCUGCUGCCCUGGAGGAGACUGAUGAUGAGAAGAAGAAGCUCCUUCAGAUAAUUGAGAGGGAUGGAGAAGAGGAGGAGGAGGAAGAGGAACCUCUGGAUGAAAGCUCAGUCAAGAAGAUGAUUCUCACCUUUGAGAAGAGAUCCUACAAGAACCAGGAGCUGCGGAUCAAGUUUCCUGACAACCCGGAGAAGUUCAUGGAGUCGGAGCUGGACCUGAACGACAUCAUCCAGGAGAUGCAUGUGGUCGCCACCAUGCCGGACCUCUACCACCUGCUAGUGGAGCUCAACGCGGUGCAGUCGCUGCUGGGGCUGCUGGGGCACGACAACACAGAUGUCUCCAUCGCUGUGGUGGACUUGCUUCAGGAGCUGACUGAUAUUGAUACUCUCCAUGAGAGUGAAGAAGGAGCUGAGGUCCUCAUAGAUGCUCUGGUGGAGGGCCAGGUGGUGGCCUUGCUGGUGCAGAAUCUGGAGCGCCUGGAUGAAAGCGUGAAGGAGGAAGCUGAUGGUGUCCACAACACCCUGGCCAUCGUGGAGAACAUGGCAGAGUUCAGGCCGGAGAUGUGCACGGAGGCAGCACAGCAGGGCCUGAUGCAGUGGCUGCUCAAGAGGCUCAAGGCCAAGAUGCCUUUUGAUGCCAACAAACUGUACUGCAGCGAGGUGUUGGCCAUCCUGCUGCAGAACAACGAUGACAACAGAGAGCUGCUGGGAGAGCUGGACGGGAUCGAUGUGCUGCUGCAGCAGCUGUCGGUGUUUAAACGGCACAACCCCAGCACGGCAGAGGAGCAGGAGAUGAUGGAGAACCUCUUUGACUCCCUCUGCUCCUGCCUGAUGCUGAGCUCCAACCGGGAUCGCUUCCUGAAGGGCGAGGGGCUGCAGCUGAUGAACCUGAUGCUGAGGGAGAAGAAGAUUUCCCGCAGCAGUGCCCUGAAGGUUCUGGACCAUGCCAUGAUUGGCCCAGAGGGCACAGACAACUGCCACAAGUUUGUGGACAUUCUCGGCCUGAGAACCAUCUUCCCUCUCUUCAUGAAGUCACCCAGAAAGAUAAAGAAAGUUGGGACCACUGAGAAAGAGCAUGAAGAACAUGUCUGUUCCAUCCUGGCCUCCCUCCUGCGGAACCUGAGAGGGCAGCAGAGGACUCGGCUGCUGAAUAAAUUCACCGAGAACGACAGCGAGAAGGUCGACAGGCUGAUGGAGCUCUACUUUAAGUACCUUGACGCCAUGCAGGCGGCUGAUAAGAAGAUUGACGGCGAGAAGCACGACAUGGUGCGGAGGGGAGAGAUCAUAGACGACGACAUGGAGGAUGAGUUCUACCUGCGCCGCCUGGACGCUGGCCUCUUCAUCCUGCAGCUCGUCUGCUACAUCAUGGCAGAGAUCUGCAAUGCCAACGUCCCCCAGCAGGUUCGGCAGAGAGUGCACCAGAUCCUGAACAUGAGGGGCAGCUCCAUCAAGAUCGUCCGGCACAUCCUGAAGGAGUAUGCAGAGAACAUCGGGGAUGGGAAGAACCAGGAGUUCCGGGAGAGUGAGCAGAAGAGGAUCUUGGACCUGCUGGAGAACUUCUGAGGGCUCAGGGGCAGAGUCUGCCCAGGGGCACCUGGCACCUGCUGCAGCUGCUGCUGCCUCCUCCAGCCUCUGCUGCAGCACCCAGGAGCUGUUUCUGUGAAGCUGCCUCUGCGCUGGGGUCGGAGCUAUUAAAGAUGGGUCCUGAGGGUUUUA